GAUACAAUGGGUUUGGACAUUGACCGACUUAUAGGUUAUGGGGACGAUUUUGGCAUGACAUACCCAAGGAGGAUGUUCAAAAUUGGCAUUAAUAAGCUAAAAAAGAGAGGAAAGCUUCCGAAACAUCCACACAAGGGAUUUCGGGCUGGGAUGAAAAACGCUAUGGUUAAGCACCCUCCGUACCUGAAAAGUCAAUGGGACGAUGACGUUGAUGAGGUGUUCAAUGAGGAACAGGACUUUGACUGGUAUCAUGAUGAAACAGGAUCUAACGACCUGCCAGACUUCAGCUAUCCAGACUACAAACCUAACUUUGGGCUGAAAGAUCGGCUGGGAGAUGUAGGAAGCGAGGAUGAAUUUGGAAGUGAUCCUGCUUGGGGGAAAGUUGUUGACCAGAAAGCGAUAGAAAUCAGGAAAUGAUGUAGAAAAACAUCCAAAACAUUGUAAUGAGCAUGAACAUGCAUCUUGGAAUUGAACACAAAUUUUCCAAAUCAUAUGGAACUGCGAAAGAAACAUUGCAGUCAACCGAUAUGCAAGGGUCUACAAACAAACAGGAAACCAUACAGGAUGGUUCAAACCAGAAAGAAUCUUGGUUCACAAAUUUUAUCCAUAAUUUAUUUUAAACAACCUAGAUUAUUUACA